CUAUCACGUGGCCAAUGAGCGUUUGUUCCUAAAAUUAGCGACGCCAUCGCCGCCGUCUAUCGGGUCUCGAGGCGCAUGGAGGAAGGAUGGUGUUUAACGGGAGGCAUGGAGGAAACGCACAGGGGCAGGGAAAAGAAGGAAGAAAACGAGCUGCGCACUUGCUCGGGGGGUGGGAGCUUCAUUACUAUCGUCGUCGCGGUGCUCUAGCGACGAGCAACGAUUGCUGGGAAAGAAAAAUGCUGGGCGGAGUUGGGAAGCACGACAAGUGAUGCGGGAAUGUAGGCAGGGAGAUUUGGUUUUUCGGGGGAUGGCGUCUUCGAUUCUUCCAGGUUCGGUUGCUCGAGAGCCUGACAGCGGUUGCUUCCCCGAAAGGGUCGGCGACAGCGCGUCCGGAUCGUCGUGCGUGCUCCAUGAUGAAGAGGUGGCCGAGAGCUCGGGUUUUCGCCAGGCACGCAUCGAUAAAGGGGCCGAGGAGGACUCUGGCGAGUGCUCGGGCUCGGGGACUGGCCGUUUUGAGGUUCCCGACGUUGACAACGGAUGGGAGGUGGCUUUUGAUUCGGACGAGGACGAUGGUGGCAAGCAUCCGGACAUGGAUAGGCAGCCUUUGUUGUUCGAGAACGGUAGCAGUAGCAACGAAAGCCAGGGGGUCGAUGAACAGGACGAGGGGCUGACAAUGCCGCCGUUAGUCGAGAAGUCUGCCUGUUUUGAGACUGCUCCAGUCCCGGCACCGGCCCCGCAUCGAAGAAGAGAAGUGUACAAGAUGCCAACGCACAAGGAGCAGCCGGAGAGCCAUCUCCUGCUAUGGCCAGUUGGUUUUUUGAUCAACGCGAUCGGCUUCCAGUUCAAGAUGAUCGGCUACACCAUGUCAAUUGCGAUGCUACUGUUUAGCAUCUGCUUCUCGAUGGUGACGGAACCAAUCCAUAGGACUGUGGAGGCCAAGAACAAGGUGACGGGGAAGAUCAGCGAUGGCAUCUCCGUUAUAACUCAGCUCCAGAUUAUGCUCUGGGAGGCUGCUGCAGACAUUGGUCCAAAGGUGAGCAGGAUGGUGAAGAGGAUGGGAUAUGGUGUUUUGUCAGCGGCAUACGUGUUUAUGCUCUUGAACCUCCUCUUGGUUCCUGCCAUUCUCAUGGACGUGGUGCUGAUGUCCCGGCUCGUGGAAGAACCAGUCCAGCUGCGGGAAAGCAUAAACUUCGACUACACCGAGGCUCGUCCGAGUGCACGAGUUCCUCUCUUCCCUCAGGUUGUAACGGAUAAGAGCGUCAGCAGCUUGAAAGCCUGGGCAAUCCCGAAGACGCACAGCUUCCACAUCACGGCAACCUUGCAGCUACCCGAAUCCGACCACAACAUGCGCCUCGGGAUGUUCCAGGUGACGGCUGAGAUCCUGGCAGUGAACGGCGUGGUGCUGUCUCGGUUCACGCAUCCCUGCAUGCUCCGCUACCGAAGUCGUCCGAUCCGGUACGCAAAGACAGCGAUGCUGGCGGUGCCACUUAUCCUAGGACUGGAGGUGGAGUCGCAGACUCUCGUCCUAAAGCUGGUGGAAGCGUACGAAGAGCGAUCGAGCAGCAGCUACCCGGGCAGUGCCAAGAUAUUGCUGGAACCGAGGGCCGGAUUCGGUCCUGGAGCCGGGCUGCCGGAGAUCUACAACGCGGAGGUGCUCGUCCAGUCGCAGCUUCCGUGGCUCAAGUCGGUCCUGUACAAGUGGAAGUGGACGUGCUACGUGUGGGGGGCGGUGCUCAUCUUCGUGCUGGAGGUGGCAGCCAUGGUGUGCUGCUGCCGGAACGUCUUGCUGGUAUCACCGUCGGGAGCUUCUCCAGAGAAAUCACCAGCGGAAGAACAGGCGGUGAGGCGGCCAGCGAGGAGGAAGAGGGUGUCUUUCAAGGACGAUUUGCCGCGGGCAAGGGCCGCCGCCGCUGGAAUCGGGACCCGGCCCAGCGACAUUGAUAAGUUUGUGGAGAAGGAGCUCGAGGCCUUGUCCGGGACCAAAGAGAAGCUUUCGUCCGUGCAGGAGGGAGGAGGGGCCUCGAGUCAGUAGUAAGUAAGUUUGCUUCUCAAUAAACAUUUCUUGGCUUUGCUGCAAGA